AUGCGUUAUUUCAAUUUGAAAACUAAGAGUUUCCUUGCUGUAUUCCUUUUUUUAUUAUUUUUUUCCGUAGUAUCAUCUAAACCUUGGAUUUAUUUUUGGGGACUUUUAACAGCUUUGUGUUUAUUGUUAUUUUUAGUUGAUUUAUUAUUUAUUUCUUCUGAUUCUAUCGUUUUCGACCCAUUUUAUAGCAACUGGGAGACUAAUAUGAAUUCAGCCAAAUACUAG